UUGGAGGGUGACAGUGAGACGAGGAAAAAUGGGGAUUGUUGUGGUUGCAGCAGCGGGAGCAUCAUCAUCAAUGGCGUUUCUGAGAACGAGAGCACAAAGGGCUAGAUGGGUUUUAACCCCUUUGGCCUCUUCUUCAUUUUCAGCUAAGCCCAUUUCUUCUUCUGCCUCCUCUUCAAGAAAACUGGUACUCUAUUCCAAGCCCGGAUGCUGUUUGUGCGAUGGCCUCAAAGAAAAGCUUCAUGCUGCUUUCACGCUCUCCGGUCCUGAUUCGCUCCACGACGUUGAAUUACAGAUAAGGGAUAUUACCAGCAAUCCUGAGUGGGAGAAGGCUUACCAGUAUGAGAUACCAGUGUUGGCCAAAGUACUUUCCGAUGGCACCGAGGAAACUCUACCUAGAUUAUCCCCUCGCCUCGGAGUGGAGCUUGUUCAAAAGAAAAUAGCAGCAGCAUUGAAACAAUAAGGGAGUCUAUGGGGCUCUGAGUGAUGAACAUUCACUGCAAGAAUCAUUUCAUCUUGGAUAGAGAUCUUGUGUGAGGAGCGAUUAUAUACUAGCUUCCUGCUUGUCUCCGAGUUUAUGUUGAAGCCACUUUUUUCAAUGUUAAUUUGAAGGGCAUAUUUUCAUUGUGGAUGUAGCUGUACUACAAUUAUUUUCAGCAAGAAAACUAAGCUGUGACUCAUUGUGAAUUAAAUUUUCUUGCUUUGGCUGAAUAACUAUUUCUCGACUCUUGUAACAACUUUAAAACCAUCCCAUUCUGGGUUUCCUGUCUUUCUUUCAA